AUGGAUGCAGAGUCCUCAUCAAAAGCUGUUCACAUUCCUCCCCGAUUUCAAGGCUUUUCGGGUUUGCAAAUGGUCUCUGCCAUUGUUAGUGGCUGCCUUGGAAUUGUCUACUUGUUCUUGGGCAUCUGGACUUUAGAAGAGAAGCUGAGGAAUACACAGACUGCUUUGCCUUUGAAUUGGUGGCUACUUACUUUGUGUCAAGGCUUCACAGGGUUGUUAGUUGGUUUAACUCUAAGCAUCCGGGGGAAACAACUUCCAAGACAACCGUCAAGGCUGCUGUCUAUCCUUGCAUUCUUGUUUUCUGGAAUUGUCUAUGCUCUAUCGCUGUUUUCGGUCAUUUUCAGAAAAGAAUUUUCUGUGGAGACUGUUUUAGAUGUCCUGUCAUUUCCAGCAGCAACAUUGCUGCUGUUAUCUGUUUAUAAGGGCUAUAAAUAUGAUGAUGGUUAUUCGAGCCUCGAUAGCAAUAACCUUUAUAUGCCUCUGAAUGGUGAGACCAAUCAGAUUAGUAAAGAUGACCAUGUUACCCCAUUUAGCAAAGCUGGAUUUUUCAGUAAAGCCUCACUUUGGUGGCUAAAUUCAUUGAUGAAAAACGGUAGGGAGAAAACUCUAGACGACGAAGAUAUACCCAAGUUGCGCAAGGAAGAUCGAGCAGAAAGCUGUUACUUGAAGUUCUUGGAGCAACUGAACAAACAGACACAAAUUGAACCUUCUUCCCAACCUUCAGUACUGAAGACAAUUAUCAUAUGCCACUUGAAAGAGAUUUUCCUGUCUGAUUUCUUUACUUUGUUAAAGAUACUCACUCUCUCUGCUGCUCCUCUGUUGCUUAAUGCCUUCAUUUUGGUUGCUGAGGGAAAAGAAAGUUUCAGAUAUGAAGGUUAUGUGUUAACCUUAUCACUUUUCCUUUCAAAGACCAUAGAAUCCUUAUCGCAAAGGCAGUGGUACUUCCGAUCCAGGCUUAUUGGUAUGAAAAUUAGGUCUUUGCUCACUGCAGCCAUUUACAAGAAGCAACUGAGAUUGUCUAAUGCUGCUAAGUUGAUACACUCAGGUGGUGAGAUAAUGAACUAUGUUACAGUGGAUGCUUAUAGGAUUGGUGAAUUCCCAUUUUGGUUCCAUCAAACUUGGACAACUAUCCUCCAGCUCUGUCUUGCAUUGGUAAUUCUUUUCUGUGCCGUUGGACUAGCUACAUUUGCAUCAUUGGUGGUGAUAGUUUUGACUGUGGUUUGCAAUGCUCCACUUGCUAAGGUGCAACAUAAGUUUCAGAGUAAGCUUAUGGUGGCCCAAGAUGAAAGAUUGAAGGCUAGUUCUGAGGCACUUGUGAACAUGAACGUGUUGAAGCUAUAUGCAUGGGAAACCCAUUUCAAAAAUGUAAUAGAGAAAUUAAGGAAGGAGGAGCAGAAAUGGUUGUCUGUAGUGCAGUUAAGAAAAGCAUAUAAUACCUAUCCGUUUUGGUCAUCUCCUGUUCUGGUCUCUGCUGUUCCAUUGCAUGCAAAUAAUGUUUUCACUUUCGUGGCAACUUUACGCCUUGUUCAGAACCCCAUUAGAUCUAUUCCUGAGGUUAUUGGGGUUGUCAUUCAAGCCAAGGUUGCAUUUGAACGCAUUGUAAAAUUCCUUGAGACACCAGAACUGCAGACUACAAAUGUGUGGAAGAGCAACAUGGAGAAUGUAAACCAUUCUAUUAUUAUCAAGUCAGCUAGUUUCUCAUGGGAGGAGAAUUUAUCGAAAGCCACUCUGAGAAAUAUAAGUUUAGAUAUUAGGCCUGGUGAAAGGGUGGCUAUAUGUGGAGAAGUCGGCUCAGGCAAAUCAAGCCUUCUAGCUGCAAUUCUCGGAGAAGUUCCAAACGUUGCAGGAAAUAUUCAAGCUUUGGGAAAGAUUGCUUAUGUUUCUCAAACAGCAUGGAUCCAGACAGGGACAAUACAAGAGAACAUUUUAUUUGGUUCUGCUAUGGCUAGUCAAAGAUACCGAGAGACACUUGAGAGAUGUUCACUUGUAAAGGACCUUGAGCUACCCCCCUAUGGUGACCUAACUGAAAUAGGGGAGAGAGGGAUCAAUCUGAGUGGUGGUCAAAAGCAGCGUAUUCAACUUGCCCGUGCUCUCUAUCAGAAUGCUGAUAUAUAUCUCUUGGAUGAUCCAUUCAGUGCUGUUGAUGCACAUACUGCUACAAACUUAUUCAAUGAAUAUGUUAUGGAAGCACUUUCAGGGAAGACAGUCUUGCUUGUGACCCAUCAAGUUGAUUUCCUGCCAGCAUUUGAUUCUGUUUUGUUGAUGUUAGAUGGGGAAAUUCUACAUGCAGCUCCUUAUCACCAUCUACUGGCUUCAAGCCAAGAAUUUCAAGACCUUGUCAAUGCACACAAAGAAACUGCUGGUUCUGAAAGGCUUGCAGAUGCCACUUCUACCAAAAGUACAAUGUCAUACAGAGAGAUUAAGAAGAAGUAUGUAGAAAAGCAAUGUAGAGCAUCUAAAGGUGACCAAUUGAUCAAACAAGAAGAGAAAGAAACAGGAGACAUAGGUUUGAAGCCAUUCAUACAGUAUCUGAAACAGAAGAGUGGGCUCUUGUACUUCUCAACGGCAGUUUUUUUACACCUCAUUUUCGUUAUUAGUCAGAUAGUACAGAACUCUUGGAUGGCUACUAAUGUUGAUAAUCCCGAUGUUAGCACCUUGCGAUUGAUUGUGGUUUACUUGUUGAUUGGAUUUUCUGCAACAUUUCUUUUACUGUUCAGGUCUCUUACAACAGUUGUUUUGGGUCAUGAGGCAUCAAAGUCUUUAUUCUCACAGCUACUAAACUCCCUUUUCCGUGCACCUGCGUCUUUUUAUGACUCAACACCUCUGGGAAGGAUACUUAGUCGGGUUUCAUCUGAUCUGAGUAUCGUAGAUCUCGAUAUUCCAUUCAACUUAGUCUUUGCUUGUGGGGCUGCCAUCAAUGCUUCUUCCAAUCUCGUAGUACUUGCUGUUGUUACCUGGCAAGUUCUCUUGGUCUGCAUACCAAUGGUCUAUCUGGCAAUUUGCCUACAGAAAUAUUACUUUUCCACUGCAAAAGAGUUGAUGCGGAUCAAUGGUACAACUAAGUCCUUUGUAGCAAACCAUCUAGCGGAGUCUGUCUCAGGAGCCAUUACAAUAAGAGCUUUCAAUGAAGAAGAGCGGUUCUUGGCGAAGAAUUUUGACAUCAUUGACACAAAUGCAACACUCUGCAUGAGUUUGCUUCCUCCUGGAACAUUUAGCUCUGAACCAGUGCACUAUGGCAAAUUACAUCAUUUUGUUGAAAGACUAAAUCAAUACACACAUAUAACGAGUGAAGCCCCUGAAAUAGUAGAAGGAAACCGUCCCCCAGCCAAUUGGCCGGACGUAGGUAAAGUGGAGAUACAAAAUUUGCAGAUCAGAUAUAGGACAGAUACACCACUUGUUCUUCGUGGGAUCAGUUGCAUUUUUGAAGGAGGACACAAGAUUGGUACUGUUGGUCGAACUGGCAGUGGGAAGUCGACUCUCAUUGGUGCUCUGUUUCGUCUGGUGGAGCCAGCCGGAGGGAAGAUCAUAGUUGAUGGCAUUGACAUCUCUACAAUCGGACUUCAUGAUCUGAGGUCACGUUUUGGAAUAAUGCCUCAAGAUCCUACUCUCUUCAAUGGGACUGUGAGAUACAAUUUGGAUCCCUUAUCCCAACAUUCAGACCAGGAAAUAAGGGAGGUUCUUGGGAAGUGUCAGCUUCGAGAUGCUGUUCAGGAGAAAGGUGGCUUAGACUCCUCAGUUGUAGAUGAUGGAUCAAAUUGGAGCAUGGGACAAAGGCAAUUGUUCUGUUUGGGGCGUGCUCUUUUGAGGAGAAGUCAGGUACUUGUGCUUGAUGAAGCAACAGCAUCAAUCGACAACGCCACUGAUACGAUCCUGCAGAAAACUAUACGGACCAAAUUUGCAGAUUGUACCGUGAUUACGGUAGCUCACAGGAUACCGACUGUGAUGGAUUGCACAAUGGUUCUAGCCAUUAGUGACGGACAAAUAGUGGAGUAUGAUGAGCCAAUGAAGUUAAUGAAAAGGGAAGGCUCACUAUUUGGGCAGCUUGUCAACGAAUACUGGUCUUAUCUCCAAUCUGCAGAAUCACAUUGA